AGGAGUGAGAUACAACAUCUGUUUAAGCUUAUUGAGGAUGCAGGAUAUGUGUAUUGGAGUAGAAAAAAGGAUGACUCGGAAGUGGUGAGAGAGAUAUUUUGGGCACAUCCUGAUUCAGUUAAGUUGUUGAAUAUAUUUCCGAUUGUGUUAGUUAUGGAUAACACCUACAAGACAAACAAAUAUAGACAACCUUUGUUUGAAAUUGUUGGCAUGACAUCGACCGAGUUGACUUUUGCUGUUGGAUUUGCGUAUAUGGAGUCUGAGCAAACAGAGAAUUUUUGCUGGGUAUUGGAGAAAUUAAAAGAGUUGUUUGUGAAGAAAGACAUGUGUCCACAAGUGAUUUUGACAGAUAGAGAUCUUGCUUUGAUGAAAGCAAUUGAAGUUGUGUUUCCCAGCUCGAUUAAUUUGCUAUGUAGAUUUCACAUUAACAAAAACGUUGGUGCCAAAUGCAAACAACAUGUGGUGAAUGACCUGCAAAAGACGAUAGACACAUUAUGGAUGGAAGUUGUCUGGGCUAGUGAUGAGGUUGAGUAUGGUCAGCGGUUGCAUCAACUUGAGCAAGCAUGUGUUGAUUAUAGUGGAUUUAUUAAUUAUGUGAAAGACACAUGGUUGACUCCACAUAGGCAUAGAUUUGUUGGAGCAUGGAUUAAUCGAGUGCUACAUUUGGGUAACACAACGACUAAUCGGGUUGAAUCUGCUCAUUGGAAGUUAAAGCAGAUGUUAGGAAACAGUAUAGGUGACAUGGUCAAAUGCAAUAUUCCUCAAUCUUUGAGUAAUUUGAGAAAUUUAGAGUGGUUGGAUCUCUCAAAGAACCAAUUGAUAGGUCAAACUCCUACAACUUUGACAAGUUUGACUUUUCUCUCUAUCUUAAACCUUUCAGAAAACCACCUAGAAGGAACCAUACCUACAGGUAAACAAUUUUAUACAUUUGGAAAUGGUUCAUAUGAAGGAAAUACAAUGUUGUGUGGAAUCCCAUUAUCUAAAUCAUGUAAAAAUGAUGAAGAUCAACCACAACAUUCACCAUCAAAAGAUGAACAAGAGGAAUCAGGAUUUGGAUGGAAAGCAGUAGCAACAGGAUAUGUCUUUGGGGCAAUAUUUGGGUUGCUAUUUGGAUACAAUGUAUUUUUCUUCGAGAAACCUCAAUGGCUUAACAUAAGAUUGAAGAGAAGAUGCAACAGAGAAAAUCGAAGAAGAAUGAAUUAA